UAAAUAUGUACUGUUGUGCCCAUACACUAGUAUACCAGUGGCUGUGCAAUAUUUUCAAUUUUACUUAUCCACUACGCGUUUCAAUAGUAUACAUAUAUAGAAAAGGGUAUGAAGUUAUAAAGGCUAACCACCGUCUGGAAAGGUACACGGUGGAGCUGCAUGACAGCGCUGCAUCGACGCAGAAGGAGCCAAUUUUGAAAGUUUUCAAAGAAUUGUAACGAUUGGUUCAAUAAACUUUUUUAAAUCGACUCAGUCCUAAUACUUUCUGGUCAAACCCUUUAAAUGCAAUAUUGACAGCUAAUGUUCGGCUGAAAUACUGCCUGCCAAGAAAACAUUCUGUUGUUAAACUAAGGGAAGUAUGUAUAUGAAGCGCUGCGGGUAAAGACACACUGAAGUUCUCAACUGUUUCGAUUGCUAUCCUUAGAAUCAAGAUCACUGUAUCGCGGAACCUUCUCCCGACAAUUCCUUCACUGCUCACAUACCUGCGAGAAAUUUGUAAGCAGUAAGCUUUUUCACGGAUGGGUCGAAGUUAAAUCGCCGAAAACCACAGAGCAGAUGGGCUUGCUAGGAAGGACACCAUUUCUUAAAAUAAGGCGAUCGGAAGCGAGUCGCUUUACCGAUGUCUUCUUGUGCUCUGGCAUUGAACCCAUAAACCUCCAGGCAGAUCAGCAAGCAUUAGGCAACAACCAGAACUUAUGUGCUGCAGGAACCUUCUGUCCAGAGUGAACGGUAAAGGUCCGUAAACUUCUUGCUCUUAGAAAAGUCAAUAUCGCCGCACAUCUUUGGCGAACUUAACGUUGUGGUUGCGAUUGAUAUUAACUACCUUAAUAAAUUGGUGGUAAGCUCAAAACGCUUCGACGAUCUACGAGGAUCUGGGGAUCCAACUUAGAAAUCUUAUGAGUAAGAAAAUGACAAAAUCAGAUCCAUCGAAUGAAUUAACCCUCCGACUUAACUUAACCUAGAUAAAUAGGUAAAUAGGCUGAUAGUCGUGAGACCGCCAAUAAUCUUACUUGGACUGCUAAAGACGCUUGUUCAUGCGGCGGGAGGCCACGUUUUGCAAUCUCGUGCGAGCAGUACUGCAGGAAGUGUAUUGAUUUUCCAAGCAAUGGGGCUUAAUAUGACGCGCACAUUCCUAGAAGAAAGCAAUCUUAAAGCACUACUUGCUGGUAAUCAGACCUUCGACGCUGUUAUUUGUGAAGUUUUUCUCGCUGAGGCGCUCUAUGGACUAAGUGAACAUUACAAUGCGCCACUAAUAGGUCUAGGCACCUUCGGCGCAUAUCCCUGGAAUACGGAUAUGGUCGGCUCACCCAGCCCACCUUCGUAUGUGGCAAGCGCAUUUCUGUCAUUCAAUGAACGCAUGACACUGUGGCAACGUGUGUGCAACUUUGCAUUUGGCAUUUUUGAACGCUUGUCGCUCGAUCUCUAUUAUUUGCCAAAACAAGCAGCUAUAUAUAAGGAAUACUUUCCUAACAACAAACGUGAUAUGUACGAGGUGCGUCGCAAUGCUGCCUUAGUGCUACUCAAUCAGCAUGUCUCGCUGAGUUUCUCACGUCCUUACGUCCAUAAUCAGAUCGAAGUUGGUGGCAUGCACAUUAAUCGAAAACGCUCACCACUACCAGCCGAUUUGGAACGAUUCAUCAAUGAAUCGAAACAUGGAGUCAUCUAUUUCUCAAUGGGCUCCUAUUUGCGUAGCGAGUUUUUGUCUUUGGAUAAACGUAAGGCAAUACUUGAAACAUUCCGUGGCUUGAAACAGCGUGUUCUUUGGAAAUUCGAAAAUCCAAAACUCGAAGGUAAACCGGAUAAUGUUUAUAUUAGUGAAUGGUUUCCACAGGACGACAUUUUGGCACAUCCGAAUGUAAAAUUCUUCAUUACGCAUGGCGGUUUACUCAGUACCACUGAGUCCAUUUAUCAUGGCAAGCCUUUUAUUGGCAUACCGAUCUUCGCCGAUCAGUUCCUCAAUAUGAAUCGCGCCGUAACUGGGGGCUAUAGUAUACGUGUAGAUUACGAUGGUUUUACGAAAGAGACAUUCCAGUCGGCCAUUGAGCGUAUGUUGAAUGAUGAGAGCUAUACGAAACGUGUAGCGGAUAUAUCAGCGCAAUAUCGCGAUCAGCCAACGAACCCAUUGGACUUGGCGGUCUAUUGGGUAGAAUAUGUGGUGCGGCAUAAGGGUGCAAGGCAUUUACAUUGCGCCGGACAAGAUUUGAACUUCAUACAAUAUCAUAGUAUUGAUAGCAUGUUGAUCAUAUUUGGUGGUUUGACUUUCGUGCUGCUGCUGAUCUUGCUGCUGAUACGUUCUGUAUGGGAUUGGUUACAAUUUGCGCUUGCGCGAAAUGAUAUAAGGAAGAAGACUCUCUAAAUUAUUAUUAUUAUUUUAUUGACAUUCUAAAUUUUUACAGCAUUAGCGACUAAGGCCAUCGGCUUCAUAAUAUAGACUCUCUAAAAUGUGAGAAUUACUUUAAGUUAUUUGUUGUUAAUAUUCAUGCAUUUGAUAACAAAAUAUUUAGUAAUAAGAAAUAAGUAAAAAUAUUUGUCUAAGUAGUUGGAAAGUUCAAAGCAUAUUGAUGGAUAAGUAUGCUCGCUGGGAAAUCUUGAUAUUCCAGUAUCUGUAUCAGCUUCACCUAGUCACUCAUCAUUUUAGAAGAAGCAAGUUAAUGGCAUACUCCAAAAAAUUUUGGAAGUACCAUAAAUCGACUUGCUGAAUGGAAUGCAUGUAAAAGGUUUAUUUUCUCUUAUAUUAAAUACUUUAUAUGAAUUUA